UUCUUCCUCCAGAAGUUACAAAACCAGCAGUGGAAGAAGAAACUAAGAAGUUUCGGAGGUAUCUCUACCGUGUGAACUUUACCUAUAUAUAGCAGAAGCAGGAACCAAAGGAAAAUCAAAGCAAUCCAUUCAUCUUGAUUCGAAUCCCUUGUUAAGGUUUUUGUUCUUGUGUAAUCUAACGGAGUUGUUACUUCUCUUUCUGGUGUUGUUUGUGACCAAUUUCAAGUAGUCAUGGCUGAAAUAGCUUCUAUUUUCGUGAGUCCUAUAGUUUCCAUGCUCGCUGAAACUGUUGCAACCUUGAUCCACGACGAAUAUGCUGCAAUCAAGGGUGUUAAGGAGGAUCUGAAAAAGCUGUUACACACUCUAGAAACUAUUAGAGCUGUGCUUGAAGAUGCUGAGCAGAGGUCUGCUUGCGAUCGAUCGUUGAGACUCUGGCUCUCAAGGCUCAAAGAUGCUGCUUUUGAUGCGGAGGACAUACUAGACUCUUUUGCAGCCAAAGCUCGCCUCGGGAAGGUUCGUAGAAUCCGAGCUAAAAUCCGUGCGGCAUCUGAGAUCAAAAGAAUUUCAGAAAGACUUGAUUUGAUUGCUAAAGACAGGAGAGAUUUCAACCUCAAUGUAAGUAGUGGUGAUGGUGGAAGGUCUCGUUCUCAAAGUCCGGUCGACUUUCCACUCACCAGUUCCUUUGUCGAAACUACUGAUGUGUUCGGUAGGGAGUCUGAUAAACAAAGAUUAAUAGAUCAGAUUCUAUCAAAUGAAUCUAAUAGUAGUGAAGGUGGUGUUUCUGUCACUCCCAUCAUUGGGAUGGGAGGCUUAGGCAAAACAACUCUAGCUCAACUCAUCUUCAAUGAUGGAAGAGUUAAGGGUCACUUUGAGUAUAAGAUGUGGGUCUGUGUCACCAUUGAUUUCAAUCUCAAAAGGAUUCUCAAGGGAAUUAUAGAGUUCCACACUCAAAUGGAGGUUUCUAACAACUUGUCCUUUGACGGCCUAGUGUCACGCUUCAAAGACAUCUUGGCCGGCAAGAACUUCCUGCUUGUUCUAGACGAUGUUUGGGUUGACAACUACCAAGAGUGGGAUCCGCUUCGAAACAUUUUGAAGCUAGGAGGUAAAGGUAGCAGAGUUUUAGUCACGUCUCGAUCUGACAGGGUGUCCGACAUUAUGGGGACCCAAACUCCCUAUAGAUUAGAAUAUCUGCCCCAGGAGGAAUGUUGGUCAUUGUUCAAAAGGAUUGCUUUCAAAGACUGCAAUAACGUGCCGAGCCGCAGACUAAUGGAAUUGGAAGGUAUCGGUAGGGAAAUCGUUGGAAAAUGCAAUGGUCUGCCUUUGGCUGUGAAGGCAAUGGGGGGUCUCCUGCGCGGUAACGUCGAUGUAGACAAAUGGAGGCGGAUCUUAAGAGAUAGCAUAUGGGAGCUAGAAGGCGAGAGAAGCCUUGAUAAACCCCAAAUUUUGCCUGCCUUGAAAUUGAGUUACGAUGACUUGCCUUCCUAUUUAAAGCAGUGUUUUUCGUAUUGCUCUAUAUUUCCAAAGGCCUACGUUUUUGACAGGAAGGAGCUGAUCAAGCUUUGGAUGGCUGAAGCAUUUAUACAGCAUAGAGGGCGAAGUAGCGCAGAGGAGACCGGAUGCGAAUACUUUGAUGAGUUGUUAACGAGGUCUUUCUUCCAAAUUUUAGACAUUGAUAACAAAAAGAGAUACAAAAUGCAUGAUCUUAUCCAUGAGUUGGCAGUAUCGGUUUCGAGUCCGGAGUGCUGCCAAGUCAAGGAUAACGAGCCGUGUGUUUUUGAUCGAGAAUCUCGUCAUGUCUCAUUUCUUUGCCAGGAAUUAGAGAGUCCAACCUGCAAACAGGCUUUUAAGACAUGUAAUAAGUUGCGCACGCUCCUACUGCCUAGCGAGUACUUGAAAAGCAUAGGAGUGCAGGCUCUGGACCAGAUGUUUCGUUCUCUAAAGUACAUUCGUGUCUUGGAUCUAAGUUCGACCUCAAUCUCGGAAUUGCCAAGCUCGGUUGAAGAGUUGAAGCUAUUGCGCUCCUUGGAUCUCUCCAGGACCGAGAUCAAAAGGCUUCCUGAUUCUGUAUGUAACCUGUGGAAUCUACAGACCCUUAAGCUUCUAGGGUGCCUUUGGCUUUUUGAAUUGCCCAAGGACCUUGGUAAAUUGGUUAACCUGAUUUAUCUCGAGCUAGAUGAGAUGUUUUGGUUCAAAUGUAGGACACUGCCACCAGGAUUGGGAAACUUAAGCAGACUACAGAACCUGCAUGCAUUUCAAGUACUCAAAGGUGAAACCCGACAUGGCAUCGGAGAGUUGAAGGACAUGGAGAAUCUUACAGGAAAGCUGCAUAUAUCCAACCUGGAGAAUGCGGUGAACGCAGCUGAGGCAAAGCUAAACCAGAAGGAGAGACUUGAGAAGCUGGCGUUAGAAUGGAGUGACAAACAGUUCAACAACCAAGAAGAUGAAGUCAGAGCAGAGAGGGACCUCAAAGACCUCCAGCCUCAUUCUAAUCUCAAAGAGCUGGCCCUUCAUCAUUUCAAGGGCUCUAAUUUUCCGUCAUGGAUGACGGAAAGUCAUCGUUUCCUUCCAAAUUUAGUAAAACUCACAUUGAGUCAUUGCACUAAGUGCACAACAUUCUCUGUUGGUCAGUUACCUUGCCUUAGAGAGCUCUACAUCAAAGGGAUGCGGGAACUGGAAGAAUGGCCAGAAGCUCAAAGUCAUUCAUUGUCUAGACUACGUAUCAGUAACUGCCCCAAGCUAAGGAAGGUUCCAGAAUUGAUGUUCAAUUUAAGAGCUCUGAAGAUAAAAAAGUGUGAUUCACUCAAGGCUCUUCCAUUUGCUCCUUCUCUGAUGUUUCUAAUACUUGCUGACAAUCUUGUUCUGGAGAAUUGGCGAGAAGGUGGGCUUAUUUCCGUAGAUAAUCAAGGCAACCGAGCAGGUGAACCUAGGCCUUCAUUGAUUGGUCUUUUGGAGUUGAAAAUGGAGAACUGCCCCAACAUCCGAGCACUUCCUCGGAUGUUUUUUCCUCAAAAGCUGGAAAUAAAAGGAUGUGAACUCGUGACCGCCCUUCCGGUGUCGCAACGACUUCAGCAUUUAGCUUUGGGAUUGUGCUCUAAUGAUGCACUCGUAAGGAACAUACCAAGUAGCAACUCUCUCUACUCCCUGGUCAUUUCAAACAUCUCAAACCUUACCUCCUUCCCAAGAUUGCCACAUCUUCCGGGGCUUAACAGUCUGUAUAUAAGUGACUGUGAAGAUCUGUCUUCGUUGUCUGAAGAAGAAGGGUCAUUGAAAAGCUUGUCAUCUCUCCAACUGCUCUCUGUUCGAGGGUGUCCAAAGCUCGAAUCACUUCCCAAUGAAGGGCUACCAAGUGCACUCCAAUGUCUAGUGAUCGGCUCGUGUCGCAUUCUGAAAUCUCUAGGUUCCGAACAGACAUUAACGAGCCUUGCCUCACUCAAGGACUUGUAUUUGGAGGAUUGCCCCUCGAUUCAGUCCUUUCCCGAGGUUGGACUACCUUCAUCUCUUCAACAUUUGGAGAUCCAUGGAUGUCCCCUGCUUGUACAACAAUGCCAAGAGCACGGUACAGAAUGGCCGAAGAUCAAACACGUUACGGACCUGGAAAUCGAUUCCGUCUAGCAAUGGUCGCACCAACAUAUGGU